CCUCCUCAGUCCACCUGCUCGGCCAUCUCUGCGUGCAAUUUUGCGACCCUCAUAACCCUCGCUGGCAUCAUCCCGGGGCGCCGUUUCAUCAAAGCUCACUGCAAUGCCCAAGGUCGUCUCGCGUUCCGCGGUCUCGUCCUCCACAGAUGCGCGGCCCACCGCAUCAUCAACAGCAGCCCUCCGCGUCUACUAUUGCAUCUGCGGCGAGUUUAUCCUCGUCGUCGACAAGAGCCUAGCGAGCCUUCCGCGGCGCCAGACUGACGGCGCAAUUAUCAUUCGCUGCCAGGACGCGGACGACGCCAAGGCGCGGAUCUUCAAGCUGAACGCCACGCCCAAGGAGCCAAUCCUCGUAGAGCGACAAGGUGGGCAUGAGAAACAGCACAGGUUCCAUUGUCCACGCUGCGCGCUGCCUGUUGCGUACCAGUCCACGCCCCCGCCCGCCAAGUCUGGGCCGUUCUUGUACGUGUUCAAGGGUGCUCUCAGCCAGAUACAGGGACAGCUUCCGCCAGACGCGUUCGAUGACGAGAAGCUUCUCGACGAUAGCAUCGCAUGAAUGCAUGCCUUCGAUCUCAUGUGCCUUUUGUACCUAUCCGCUCUCUUUUGCUGUGUUCGAUCGAUGUAUGAUGUGUACGACGAAUAUAUUGCUUU